UCCAACGUCAUUACGUUGAGACUGUGUUGACGUGGCGUAGCUGAUCUCAAUGCAGUGAGAGUGAAAGAGGGAAUAAUGGCUUAGCGAGAACAGGCGGAUUCAGCUCGCCUCGUCUGUACCUUUCUUCAGGUACGUUACAUUGGCAAUGGACUAAUGGCUAUAACAACCCACUGCUCUUCUUAGACCGAGGGUCCGGCAACUCCGGUCUUGGAGGGCCAGAUUCCCGCACAGUUCGGAAGAAAAUGACUGGAAGGAACCAGUAUAAUGGCUUCCAGUCUGCUACGAUGGUGCAACCUGCAACAGGAGGGCAUGCAUAUAUGUUUGGGAACAAUUCCGAGACAGAGUGCUCCGAGGAGGACAGCGAGAGCUAUGAACUUCGUUCCAGAGGCAGGGAGAGGCUUCGCCGGAGCGUCUCCAGAGAACGACCGGACGAUAUUGUCUAUGUAAUGAGGGACAUUAAGGAAGGAGACACCUUGAUUAGCAUUUCUCUUCAGUAUUUCUGUUCUGUUGCUGACAUAAAGCGGGCCAACAAUCUCCUGACAGAGCAGGACUUCUUUGCUUUGAGGUCCAUAAGGAUCCCUGUGAGGAGGUUCAGCUCUUUCACCGAAACUCACAACACUGCCCCCCAUAAAAGCAGCUCGCCCAGUGGCAUUCGCAGAGUCUCAGAGAUCCCACCAGCCGCAGCUUUGACAGACUCCUCCCCUUCCUCAACUUCCUCCACCGAUAGUGUAGAGUGCUUUCUGCAGGAGAAGGACAAAGACAUUGAACUUCUUGUCAAAUCCUCCAGCCCCUCCAGGAGCAGUCUUAGCGAGGUGGUUUCCUCCCUCAGCCCACAGCAACCGUUGCUGGGGGACUCAGAGAGGAGACCGGCCCAGAGGAAAGACCCUUAUUAUGGGGCUGACUGGGGCAUGAGGUGGUGGACUGCAGUGGUCAUCAUGCUUGUUGUAGGCAUCGUCACACCUGUGUUCUAUCUGUUAUACUACGAGGUGCUGAUGAAAUCGGACGUUAGCCACCAUGCCACUGCAGAGUCCAUCAGGCCUGAGCCUACGCAUUCUGCUGUUCCCCAUUUUAUACCACCGGUUAAGGCUGUUCCUCAAGGAGACCCGCAGGUGCAUCCAGUCAUUGAAAACGAGGGACCACAUCUGAAGCAGGAACAGAAGACGUAGUGAGAGGAACUUGGAUCACAUUGACAUGGACCAGCACAUUUAUUUGAGGCAUUGAAUAUUUCUUUGAACUUGUAAUCAAACCACUUUGUUUUUUUAAGUAAUGAGUGUUGUAUUUCAAAAGAAUGAGUUCAGUAUUUUUGAACCAAAUGCCUGUAGAUGAGGCACAAAUUUGGUAAUCAAUUUUAUAAUGUGCUUUUGCGUUAGGAUAUAAAAUAUCAAAAACUGGACUAUUGCAGUUUUUAAACAUUUUAAGUUCAUUUCCAAAGACCUUCUAUUGGUUGACAAAUUUCUGGAGGAAAUAGGAGUAUGCACAAAAAUACAGGGUUCAUAUCAGUAUUGGUGAAUAACUGUAUAACAUCAGAGUUUCAUAUUAGAAUUUGAUGUAAAACAUAAUUGAUAGUAUGGAUAUAAUCCAUAACUUAGAGGGGAAUUCCACCAGUUUUUUUAGAAUGCAUGCAUAAUUCAAAUCACUUAGUUUUAAACAACUUAUUGGGAGAUUGUGAUGUUAAAUGAUGCAUAACAGAAACAUACCAGUUCAGAUUUAUUUACCGUGGUGGUUGAUGUCUGCAACACAAAUGUAACCAUUUCAUUUGCUAUCCAAAAUGACCACAGAGCCUACAUGCAUCAUCUGUGGUUUUAUAAGUAGCGUUGAUGACUGUUGCAGAGCCAGAAAGUUUUCAUUGGUUAUCAUUUUCUGUUACAAGAACUUGCAUGUACCUCUGUACCAUGAAUGCAUUUUAGGCCAGUUCUAUUGUAAAAUGUCUUCAGCCUCAGGUAACAUUCAUAACAGUUUCAGAUAACGUUCUAUGUGGUAGCUUUUACGGGCAUUCAGUUCUUCAGAGGUCUGGUUCCUAUCACCACCACCGUGGACAAGUUUGAAUGGAUCAUUUCACCUCAAAUUACGCUGAAUGAUUUCAUUAUGCAGAAAUUAAAAAAAAAAGGUGGAAUUCCCAUUUAAAAGACAGUGAGGAAGGUGAAUUGAAGAGCAGCUGUUGUCAGUGCAAUUAAUGUAUUAGUUUGUCAGUCAUCUAAAACCUGUACAGACAGCUAAGAUAUAAUUAUCUUCAGGCUACAAUUUUCAUAUUGGCACAUGCCCAACAGUCAAUUUCAGUGUAAUGACUGUUUAGUGUUUGGUUCAAAACAAUUGAACUCAUCUUUUAAUGAGAGGGAUGAUUAUAGGCUCUGGACACUAGUUUCAACUUAUAAUGCCAUAGAUGGACAAAUAGUGCCACGUAUUGAGCCUGGCACACCUCUGGCAUAAGGUUUGAACUAGAUUCAUCUGGCCCAGGUCCCAUAGGCAGUUGUCUUUGUUGCAUUUUGCACAGUUUCCAAUUCACACCAGCUGACAUGGCUACAUAACUAUUACACGUUUGCUUUAAUAGUAAACUGAUUUAAUCAAAAUGUAAUUUGGAGACAGUUAAUGUCUGUCUUUGUGUCAGGGAUAUACACAUGCACACUAAUUUAUUUUAGAAGAUGGAAAUAGUUACAAAAAAAAAAGGAAAAAAGUGUUAAUGCUAAUGUUUUCUUUUUAUCAUUGCUUCGAAAGCUGCCUACAGUUGUGAAUUCCUUAUUUAA